AUGUAUUAUACUAAUUUGAUAUAUUUUUUACAGUCUAUUGAUCAGGAUGUUCAGGAGUUGGAGAAACUGAAAGCUCCAACUGGAGCUCUGCCAGAAUCAAUUUCAAUGACGAAAACACACGAAUCUUCGUACAUGAAUGACAACGGCAAAGAGAUAACUGAUGCUAAAAUAAAACAACAACUAAUAAAAAACGGCGAGCUGAUGGCCAAACUGGAGCAAAAAAUGUCGUCGAAAAACGAGCACAACGCUGGCGGUCGGCCCGAUACGAAAGUACAGUUGUCGGUGGACAUACCGAGCAAGGGCAUACACAAACAGACGAUGUACGCGUCGGACGGCGAACCGCCGCGAAAACGGGACGGCAAAUACAGAGAAUACGACAAAAAAAACUACGACACGCAGUUCCCUCCACCAGUGUCGUCUUACUUCAACGUGGAAGCGACACCCGAGGAUAUGGCGGAAUACAUUUUCUUCACAAAGGACUUCAAGUCGGUGACGCAAGCAAUCGAGAAAUUAAUCCAGGAUGGAAGGUUGGAUCGAGAAUCGGCGUUGGCCUACUUAGACAAGAUCGACAGGGAGCUGUACCGACUCGACGCCCGUUACUCCGACCAAAGCGUGGAAUUAUCAAACAAAGACAUCGAAAACCCAAUAAAAUUCUCAAAGAACUAUGAAUCUUCCGAUUUCAAUGACAUUGAUGGAACGUUGACCGAACUAAAAGAAAUGCAACAGAUACUCAGAGACAAGUAUAGCAAAAAAAGUAUCGACUUGGAUGAAGAAGAUUACAACUCGAAACGAAUUCGAAAAAUUUUAGAAGCCAAACUACGCAUGUCUGAUUCGCAGUAUAAUCGACUUUUGGAAACGCUUACAGCUCCGUCGGACUAUACGUAUGCCCAGACGAUGAUGGACGAAAUUAUUUAUCAACUAGCUAAGCUCAUGUUCAACCAAGGACUUUUCAUCGGUGGAUCGGAAGCACAAGAAUCUUUGCAAAAGUUCACAGACUUUUUGGAAACCGAAGCCAGCCGAGGAAGAAUUUCUAGAGCCCUUGAAAAAAAAAUAUUGGAUUUACUGAUAACUUCGCUUUCGGAUACAUUGACUGAACACCCGGAACUGAUGGCCGCUGCCAAGGAAGGUUUUAGCAAAUACCUAGAUGCCUACCCCAAUUCAGAAUCAAACGGUAUCCACCAGAUGAAAAACGACAAGUUUUCUGCAAAGACGAGAAGAGACAUGGAGACUCCAGCGAAAGGUCAGCUGAGUGCUGACUUGGAAACGACCGUGGUGAAGCGGAGCGUGAAGACGUCUGGUAUCGAAAACAACGAAGUCGGAAACGUAGCGGCGAAAAAUUAA